UAUACAACAGCUAGCUCAGCGCCAAAGUUAGGUGGUCUCGCAGGGCCGAACAGCAUAUUACAGAGAGGGCUCUAGACCCAGUAAACCACCCACUACGAUGCGACCUGCAUUUCCAUAUCUACACCUUGGGACUCGCUGUCGUUCUUUUGGGCCUGGCCAGAACAGCCACCAGGCUCCGUUUGGUGUCUGACAUCUGAAGCUGGAUCACUUGCUGUCUUUGCGUCGUAUCACAAAGUUAUACACUAGGCGUCGAAACGGGAGGCUUUGUAUGCUUGGUCUCGGUUGGGCCGUAAAGGCAGCACCGCCUAGUCCUGCCCUCUCAUUAUUCUGGUGUAUAUCAUACUGGCAUCAUCCUGUCUUCUCACCUCGAAAAUCUUUCGACACUCCGGGCAUCAAUGACUGACCAUUUCUACCAUGACUAAUCAGAUGGCUGUUGUGCCCGCGCAGUUGGGCUUUUUGGCCAUCUUCAAUCCGUCUCUUGGAGCAACGGACGAGACCAUCGAUGACCAGAUAGUCUACUAUGCCUCUGUCAAUACCCAAUCCCAGAAGCGACGUCACCGAUCGCGUGGGAAGCCCACCGCUGACAUUUCGCAAGAAGAACGUAAUGAGCGUCUCAGACAAAUUGGACUUGCUCAAGGCAUGGUCGAGUUUAGUCGUGGCUUUUCUAAUGGUGAGCCCGUGAACACCAUAGAGACUGAGAAGACUCGGGUUGUCUUGCAGGAAGUCGAGCCCGGUUGGUGGAUAUUAGCAUCUAUCGACCUCAGCAAGAUCCCGCUUCCUCCCAGGAUCGGUCAGCCUGCUGCGGGUAAGACAGCUGAGCAGCCGGAAAAUGUUGAGUAUUCGUCACGGGAACUGAAGCCGAGCACCUUGCUCAUGCGCGAUCUACUACGCGCACAUUCCAUGUUCUUGCUGCAUCAUGCAUCGUCUCUGAGUGCCUUGUUUGUCAAGUCUAGGCGACCCAAUUUCAUCAAGAUAUUGAGUCGAUUUUGGGACCUCUUCUUAUCUACGUGGGAUGUCAUGCUCCACGGUAACCCAGCAAGCAACGUUUACAGGGGUAUCAAGAUUGCAGCGUGUGGCGAGCUUGGUGUGGGCGUGGGCGAGGAAGAACGCGGCAGUGGCGAGAGAGAAGUCCUUGAAGGGUUUGUUGAUAGAGUUGAAGGACUAACAGAUCUGGUUGUAUCAAAAUUUGGCUCCUCCGAGUGUGCACCAGAAGCAGAGCCUACCAAAGGAGAGAAGGGUGAUACAUCUUCUACGCAAUGGCUGGGGACUGGAGAAGAACCCGGUGCCGAAGAUGGUGCAAUCUUCUUGGGCGUUGGCGCGCUAUCGAGGAAGUCGGUCUAUGAUAUCACUUCCUGGAUGGAAGAAAUCUACUCGUGGGGUGAAGAUGCAUACGGCGUGAAGGAGAGUCCAACAUCGACACGACAAGCCAGACGAAAAAGGAGGAAAUCCGUAACCAAUGCUACAGGUGGCAGUGAAACUCAGUCGCAACUAAAUGACACCACAGUUUCUGUUAGCCAUAACGCAUCGAAAGGUGACACCUUGCAGCAGGAAUCUAGUAGGGCGGGGUCUGCGCAGGAGGAAACGUCACCUGAUGAAAGCGGAAUGAACAAAUUCAUGAGCUAUCUUAAGAUGGGCUACGGGACGCAUUGGAGCUUAGGUAGCUCUGAGAACGAGGCACACGCAGAUACUUCCCUAGCGAAAGACGAUGCACAGCCUGCUAAAGUCAGCGAGCCCGCUCCGCCUAAAUCCUCUGAUGACUGUGGGCAGUAUCUUGUUGGGUUGCUGGGCGACUUGGAAGAGCUCAGUAUCAAUACGGACGACCGUGAAGAUCAAAGCGGCAAUGAGUCCCAGACGUCGGAACACAACUCCAGGAUUCUACUUCGAACACUUACGGUCGAGCUCGAUAGCGAAGAGCAAGUAGAAUCCGAGAAAGUUGAGGAUUUGGGCAGUGGAAGAACCGAGUUGACCUUGACGAAAUCUGGCGCCAAGGACUACAUGGAUCCGAACUCCCAAUUCGACAGCCAGGAUCGCAACAAAACGCAGAAGAUGCGCGUGGUCGUCUACGUCAACAAACCUUUCAUAUUCACAUUCUUAUUCCGCAAUAGAACAGACUCGCUGGCUUGGGACGGCUUUUACCGAUCCCUCCACCAUCAGCUUGCGCCGUUGCGGAAACCAUUAGCAGUGUCCACGGCCUACCGACCAGGUAAGCCAGACACGGGAGAGAAAGCGUCUCAUAUAUUCGAUCUCGUCUGGGACCCGAAGGCGAUGACGGUCCACUCGACCAUACCCAACAUUCCCACACCCGCCGAGCUGCUCCACGAGAACGUGGCGUGGUCACGGGCCGAGGCCGUCAACACCCACAACCAGAUCCUCAACAUGUACGCAGCUACUCGGACCGACUAUUCAGAGCUCGAGCGGACAUGCAAGACGAGCCGCGGCUGGUGGAUCGUCUGGACGCGGAUCCUAGACCGUGAUUCCACACUUACUCCAAACGCAGAGUCAGAAAGCAGUGGUACUACAUCCGAGAACACUUCUUCCACUCAGAACCCACCUCCCGUGCCCACGCUGCGCCAAGACGAUUCCCUCGACAGCGAAGCUUCGCACAUCCCGGAGCCGGCGAACGUGGUGCCGAAGCGCACGGUCAGCAAGGAGAUCUUCCUCAUCCGCCGCGCGGGCGAGCACACCACUGGGAUCAGAGCCCUCAGCGGCUCCUACGCGGAGAACAAUGGCGGCUGGGCCGAGGGCGCGAGUCGGCUUGUGCAGGGCAUUGGCGUCGAUACGAAUAAGUAUAUUGAGGGAUUGCUCAAUAUGGGGCGCUAGUUAGAUAUGAGUUGUGGGAUAUGGAUGGAUAUAGAGAGGUGGAUAUAUAGGCGUAUGUGCACACACACUUAUAUGCUUAUAAGCUGUUGCAUACUCAAGUAUCUAAGCACUAGGUUUGUUAAAAGCUAGAUAUAUAAGAUCGUGAUGUAAAAAUAGGAGAAUGGUACUCAUCUCUGUAGGAUUUUGUUAUAAAUUGUUUGGAAUGAAGAGAGUUGGUUCCACUAGGUAUUCAUUGUUAUAUCAAUGUUUCCCACAAUGGUAUAUACAAUAAACGCCUCUUUAUCUCGGAAGGGUUACUCGUAGAUUUCCGGGUUUAUAUAUAUCUGCGUCGAUAUUUCGGGAUGCAUUCGUGUCUUUAUAUAUAUAGUUGUACUUGAAAUGACUCUAUCGAGGAUGGAACGCGUUUCCGUACAUCGAAUAGGUAGGUACACAGACGCCAUGAUCGCUGGAGUCAUUAGGAAACUUUUAACACAAUAUCAAUAAUAACAUUUAAGGCGAGA